AUUCAUCAUUCAAUUGCUUCGAUUGCAGAGGUUGAAUCUUUCUGAGUUUAUUUAAACCUCUGCAAUUUCCGUUUGUUCAGUAGUUCAGACCAUUUAAUCACUGAUCUGACCGUUGAAAUGGCCAAUUUGAAGGUCCUUCUGUUUAUGCUCUGUAUUUGUUCUGUUCUAUACAUAAUCCCAUCGGAAGGGCUGAGCUCCAAUCUAGAAAUUGAGGCAUUGAAAGCCUUCAAGAGCUUGAUCACCAACGACCCAAUUGGAGCUCUGGCAGAUUGGAUAGACAGAACUCAUCACUGUAAUUGGUCCGGCAUCGCCUGCGAUCCUUCAAGCAAUGCUGUUGUUUCGAUUUCUCUGUCUGAAUUGCAACUCCAAGGCAAGAUUACUCCAUUUCUCGGAAACAUUUCGAGCCUCCAGACUCUUGAUUUAUCGUCGAAUUCAUUCUCCGGUUCAAUCCCAACUGAACUCCAUCUCUGCUCGGAACUCACCGAGUUGCUCCUCUCGAACAAUUCUCUGUCGGAUGCGAUUCCUACCGAGUUGGGGAACCUGAAAAAGCUUCAGGUUUUGGAUCUGAGCACCAAUUUCUUGGAUGGGAGCAUUCCAGCAAGCAUUGGCAACUGCACGGCUCUGAUCGGAUUAGGCCUCCCCACAAACAAGCUAACAGGUACGAUUCCUUUGGAGCUCGGGAACCUGAAAGAACUGCAGAUUUUGGAUUUGAGCGAAAACUUCUUCAACGGUACCAUUCCGACAAGCAUCAUCAACUGCACGUCCCUGACUGGCCUAGACUUCAGCACGAACAAUCUAACGGGUAUGAUCCCAUCAGAUAUUGGCAAUUUGGUUAAUCUUCAGUCGUUCAUCGGUUACUUAAAUGGAUUGGUGGGCCCCAUUCCAUCAUCAAUCGGUAGACUGCAAGCUUUGAUUGCAUUUGAUUUGAGUCAGAAUCAGAUAUCUGGAAUAAUACCUCCGGUGAUCGGGAACUUGUCGAAAUUACAAAUUCUUCAGUUACAAGAAAAUCAAUUCAUUGGGCAAGUCCCAGCUGAACUGGGCCGUUGUAAGAAUCUCACAAUGUUGGCCCUCUAUAGCAAUCGAUUAACGGGCAGGAUUCCAUCUGAGCUAGGUGAAUUGGCCAACUUACAAGCUCUUCUAUUAUAUAAUAAUAACUUAUCUUCCACAAUCCCUGCUUCGAUAUCACAAUGCAAUUCAUUAAUCAGUUUGGGUCUUUCUGAAAAUGAAUUAACCGGGAACAUACCGUCUGAACUGGGGUCUUUGAGAUCCUUACGUAGACUGAAUCUGAAUUUGAAUAGUCUAACGGGCGAAAUACCACCAUCCUUGAUGAAUUUGACGGAUCUGAUAUACUUGGCUCUUAGCUUCAAUUCCUUGAGCGGGCCGAUUCCGUCGACUGUCGGAUCACUUUAUAAGCUGGAGGUGCUAAUUCUACAUAACAACCACUUAGAGGGUCCAAUUCCUUCAUCGAUCACCAACUGUUCUAAUCUUCAAAACAUAAGCUGGGUUAACAAUGGAUUGACGGGGCGGAUUCCAUCGGGUUUAGGAAUGUUACAGGAUCUGAAUUUCCUUUCACUUGGACAAAAUCGACUGUCGGGUGCGAUUCCAGAAGAUAUAUUCAAUUGCACUGAGCUUACGAGGCUGGAUUUGGCGCGAAACAAUCUCAGCGGGUCACUAAAACCGGGUAUCGGAAAACUAACGAAUCUAAGGAAUUUGAGACUGUUUCUUAAUUCUCUGACUGGGAAGAUUCCUCAGGAGAUUGGGAAUCUAAGCAUGUUAAUCUCUUUGGACCUCAGCACAAAUGGAUUUUCAGGUCCUAUUCCAUCAUCGAUAUCGAACUUGUCGGCUCUCCAAGGUCUUUCUUUAUAUGAAAAUGCUUUCCAUGGGGCAAUUCCAGAAGAAAUAUUUGAAUUGAAACAGCUUUCAGAGCUCAAGCUGCAGGAGAACAGAUUCAGUGGUCUGAUUCCGAACUCCGUCUCGAAACUUAAGCUGCUUUCGAACUUGGACCUCCAUGGGAACAUGCUUAGUGGGCCCAUCCCAAGAAGCAUGGGCGAUCUGAAAGGACUCAUGACCUUGGACCUCUCCCACAACCGUCUGAUUGGAUCUGUUCCGGCAGCCAUGAUCGUGGGCAUGAAGAACAUCCAAAUCUAUCUUAACCUUUCCAACAAUUUCUUGGUGGGUUCCAUCCCAGAUGAGAUCGGCGGGAUGCAGAUGGUUCAGGCCAUCGAUAUCUCGAAUAAUAAUCUCACAGGAAGUAUCCCUGCAUCGAUAGGAGGCUGUAGGAAUUUGGGUUCUCUUGAUCUGUCCAGAAAUGCGGUUUCAGGUCAGAUUCCAGCCCGCAUUUUCAAUCAACUAGACUUGCUUAUGAGCUUGAAUCUUUCUGGAAAUAAGCUAGAUGGCGAAAUUCCAUCAAGAUUAUCAGAACUGAAAUAUCUAGUCUCUCUCGAUCUUUCUCAGAAUGAAUUCAGCGGUCGAAUUCCUGUGAGCUUGGGGAACCUUACUAGCCUAAAACAUCUCAACCUUUCAUUCAACCAGCUGGAAGGGUCCAUCCCCAAUUCUGGAAUAUUUCAAAAUCUGAGUUCAUUGAGUUUGGACGGAAACCCGUUUCUCUGUGGAACGAAAUUCCUCAGCCCAUGCAUUGAUGAAAUUCAGAAAACUAAUUCCCGACGGAUUUCGAAAAAGGUCACCAUUAUUCUUAUAAUUCUCUCAUCCAUCUUCGUGUCACUACUGGUGGUCUGCGUGAUCAUAGCCAUCCAUCGAUGCAUCACGAAGCCGAAAACAGAAGACCGUUGUGAAUCUAAAACAGAGUAUUCAGUAGCACCAUCACUGAAGAGAUUCACCCAAGAAGAUUUGCAGAUUGCGACGGAUUUCUUCAAUGAACGCAAUGUGAUAGGCCAUAGCAGUUUGAGCACCGUCUACAGGGGGAGAAUUGAUGAUGGGUGGGUCAUUGCUGUAAAGAAACUGAAUCUAGAGCAGUUUGCAGCAGAGUCCGACAAAUGCUUCGACACAGAACUGAAGAUUUUGAACCAACUGAGGCACAAGAACCUGGUUAAGAUGGUGGGUUAUGCUUGGGAGUAUGGGAAAUUCAAGGCAUUGGUUCUUGAAUUCAUGGAGAACGGGAGCUUGGAAAGUGUCAUACAUGACUCGGGAACGGAUGGAUCGAGGUGGAGCUUGUCUGAGAGAGUGAAUUUGUUUGUGUCCGUUGCAAAUGGGUUGGUUUACUUGCAUUGUGACUAUGGUUUUCCAAUUGUCCACUGCGAUUUGAAGCCGUCCAACAUUCUUCUGGAUCGAGACUGGAUAGCCCAUGUCAGUGAUUUCGGGACCUCUCGAAUGUUGGGUGUCCAUUUGCAAGAUGGCAGCAGCCUUUCAUUAGCAUCGUCUUUCCAAGGCACCAUAGGGUAUUUGGCACCAGAGUUUGCAUACAUGAGUAGGGUGACAACAAAGGCCGACGUCUUCAGUUUUGGUGUGAUCAUGAUGGAGUUUUUAACUAAGAGAAGGCCCACUGGCACCAUCGAAGACGAUGGUGUCCCCAUCACUCUACGGCACUUUGUGGAGAACGCCGUCCGUAAUGGAACAGACGCUGUUUUACGCGUGGUCGACCAUGAUCUAGUCUCUAAUGGAACGUCGAAAUCCAACAGCGAUGAGAUCGUCGCCAUCCUGGAACUGGCCUUGUCCUGCACCCGUGCAGCCCCUGAGGAUCGGCCGGACAUGAAUGAGGUCUUGUCUGUACUGUUGAAGAUUAAUGAUGGGAAGAUGUGAUCAGACGACUGAGCUCGAAACAUCGCGGUGGGACUUAUAACAGAUGUUUAGGAACUUAAGAUGAAACCAUGUAGGUUACUGUUCUAGAUUUGAAUAUUUUGUGAGGUAAUUGCAGGAUUGUCUGAGUUUUAUAUGAACUUGCAUUAAGCUGAAUGUAUUGAUAUAUGAAACUCUUCAUACUUGAAAAGAAGAUAUGAAUAUUUUGUCAGGCAAUUACAGGAUUUUCUGAGUUUUGUAUGAACUUGCAUUUAGCUGAAUGUAUUGAUAUAUGAAACUCUUCAUACUUGAAAAG